CUCAGCUGAGGCCUACGCAGCCUUGUUCUUGGUCCUCACUCUCUGUGGUUCCCCUCUCAUAUUCUGCUAUCCUUCGCUCCUUUAUUCGCCAACUGGCUAUACCUGAGCACCAUCCACAACCUCACUCCCCUCCUAUUUAUGAGGAGCACCAUGGGCAACUGCCUCCCCACAUCCGCCCACACUAAGUCCAUAGAGUCUAGAACUCAGAACAGCCUCGUUCCCUCUAAACUCACCAUUUUCCUCACUGCCACCAACUUCUCCACUACUUAGAAUUAUAUCACCUCCCUCUUCAGCAAUCCUUUCAGUUCCUUCUUCUUCUUCUUCUUCUUCUUCUUCUUUUUUUAACAGAUGGCAUCCACUUCAUUGAGCUCUCCCUGGACACCAAAGCAGAACAAGAUGUUUGAGACAGCCUUGGCGAAGUACGACAAGGAUACGCCUGACCGCUGGCACGAUGUGGCCCGGGCUGUUGGUGGGAAGUCCGCCGAAGAGGUGAAACGCCACUAUGAAAGGCUUGUUGAGGACAUCAGGCAGAUUGAGUCAGGCCAUGUACCAUUCCCCAGUUACCGGUCGUCCGGCGGCAGGGGCUGAAGUAUCUAAAGCUCCACUGAAGCAACAAGUAGGAAGCAGUGCCUGUGUUUGUAUCAAGUAGCUAGUAGGGGGCAUAACUCUUCUCUGGAGAUGCAGAUAGAACUCACAGAAGUAAAAUGCAUGCGACUUUCAGAAGAAGAUCACAUGUCACUAUUCUUAUCGAGCCUUCUGUUUCUACUCUUACCUACCUUCCCUCCAUUUUCAUCCUACUGUAAAUCUAUGCCAUAAAAUGUCUGUCUAGUCUUCUAGUUGGUGUGCUUAUUGUUUAAUGAAGCUAAGUUUGACACGGCA